AACUUCGACAGCGGUGAAUGGGAGACCACAGCAAAUAUUAUUUUCACUUACCCAUUUGCUCCACGUGCAAAAGAAAGAAUCCACUAUUAUAUUUGAAUGAAUUUCCAGAAGAAGAAAAAAUAGGGAGAGGUGGAUUAAGACAGUAAAAAGGGAGAAGAUGCCAAAUUUACUGUCACUCUCUCAGCAGCUGUGAGCUGCGUCAUUGAUAGAGUGCCAUGCAGGGAUGGUCAUGGACCAGGUCACCUUUAGAAGUGACACUGUGCUGUCUGAUGUGCACCUGCUGCUACCAAACGCUUGCCAUCUCAUGAAAAGACUCAACGGUGUAGGGCAACCAGUCUUCAUUUCAAAGUUCAGGAUUCUGCGGGACUGUGAUGAGAAGGAGCCAAGUGAUGGUUCACCUGUCUGUGAGCGUGAGACGGCUGAGAGCUCUGAUGUCUUGAAUGUUCCUCGGGAUGAAGAUGGGGAUCUGGAAGUGGUGAGGAGGCCCAGAAAUACCACCAGUAAUAGAGACGCAGUGUGUCCCAUUAUCCUCAGCCAAUCAGUACCAGCAUUGACUGAACAGGAUGAAGAUUCUGAGGAGGAUGAGGAGGAUGGUGCCCGUGACAUUAUUAAGAUUGAGCAUACCAUGGCGACGCCUCUGGAAGAUGUUGGGAAACAGAUCUGGCGUGGUGCUUUCCUUUUGACCGAUUUCAUCCUGGCACAUUCAAGCAUGUUCAAAGGAGCCACUGUCCUUGACCUUGGAGCAGGAACUGGACUGACCAGCAUUGUCAUGGCAACGGUGGCCAAAAUGGUCUACUGCACAGAUGUUGGUGAAGACCUUCUAAGCAUGUGUCAGAGAAAUGUGACUUUGAACAAGCAGCACUUUGAAUCUCAAGAGAGUGAAAUAAGGGUGAGGCAACUAGACUGGAUGGCGAGUGAUUUCUGCACAGAUGCUGAUUUGGAGUUCUGCUGGACUGAAGCAGAAGUGGAAGACCUGCAUGAUAAUACCACUUUUCUGAUUGCGGCAGAUGUGUGUUAUGAUGACGAUCUUACAGACGCCCUGUUCAGAACACUAUACAGAAUUAUUGGCAACUUGCGCCAUCCUAGCACAACCUACAUCUCCAUAGAAAAGAGAUUGAACUUCACACUGCGACACAUGGAUGUGUCUUGUGAAGCUUAUGAUCACUUUCGCCACUGUCUAGAUGAGUUACAGCAGAUGACAGAUGGAAAGACGAAUUUCUUAAUUGAGCCAGUAAAGAGAUCUUUUCCCCAGUUCUUUCAGUACGAAAGAGUAGAACAGCUGGAACUUUGGAAAGUGACUGCUGAAAGACCUUAAUAUAUAACACCCUAAACAUUUAAAGUUUCCUCUCAACACCAAGACACUGAUUUAAAAUGUUGGCUGAAUGGAUUUUUUGUUGUUGUUAUUGUUUCUACUAUUUUACUCAAUGUAACACUGAAGGUCCUUAUUUGAUACAGUAAUGUACUUUCGAUUCUUAAAAUAAUUUAUUAAAAGCUAUAAAAGAGAAUGAAGGCCAUUGUUGAAGUGAACUGUGGUACUUAUGCACGUUUUACUGUCACCAGCUUGAACUUUUUAGUAAUAAUAAGCUUUGAUUCUUUGAUAUUAGUUUGUGGCAGGUUUUUCAGUGCAUUAUUGGGUGAAUAGUGUUCUAUUUUAUGAUGAUAUAUUUUAUUAUGUAGAGAGACUAAAUGUAUUGUCAUUGAGGUAAUACAGUUUUGUGUUUCAUCAAAUAAAAAUGAUAUGGCCUGUAUA